CAGGUGACACCGUCGCCAGUGUUGCUUUUGAGAAACCGGACCAAGUUUAUGAAGCCAACGAACUACUAACAUAUUGGCUCGACAUCUAUCCACAAAGUGCAGUGUUUCAACUUCUUCUUGGCCGAUAUCAAGCGAUUACUGGUGACUUGGAACGGGCAAUCGAUACUUUUGAAAAAGCAACCACGCUGCCGGUGGAUUGGAGGCAUUACAACCAUAUGUGUUACUGGGAGUUGCUUUGGUGUUACGCACUUCGAGCAGAUUGGCUGACAGCCAUCAAAUAUGUGGACAAACUGGCCACCGAAAGUCUGUGGAGCCAAGCGACCUAUAGGUAUAUGAAGGCAACGUUCCUAAUUCAGAUUUUGGAUGAGUAUGAUGUCAGCGUGCGUCCCGGCACCGGCAACAAAGCCAAUCAACAGCAACAACAUCAACAGCAACUCGCACAAAAACAACUGGGUCCUUACAAAGAUAGGGACGCUGUUCUCAAAGAUGUCGACCUACUGCUCAAAGACAUUCCAAAGAUGAUGCACCGCUUUGCCGGACGUUCACUUCCUCUGGAAAAAAUUGCUCUUCGAAAAUCCAAGCGAUAUUUUAAUCAGAAUAAGAAACUCACUCUACCAGCACUCGAACUUAUGUUCAUCUGGAACGAAUUCAAACUUAUUCACUGUCAGCAAGAUUCAAUCAUGUCCUUCCUCUUGAUAUGUGAGAACAAAAUCAACGACUUGAUUCGUAAUCGUGGGCAAUAUCAGAAUUUUGACGAUGAUUACAGUCUGGCUCUUCUGCUUAAGGGUGUGUGCCUACGUUGCCGUGGACAACUUUUCCAGGCAUCAAUGUGUUUCCAGGAAAUCCUUGAACUAAAACAGAAAAUCACUAUCGACACAUACCUUCUUCCAUAUUGUGAAAUGGAGCUGUGUCAACUUGCUUUUGAUGCAGGAGACAUCCCAGAGGCCAUCAAACGCCUCCAGCGGGCACGGAACACUAAGAACUAUAGUCUCGAAUCCAGACUCCACUUUCGAAUGCACGAGAUGGACACUCGAUUAGAAGACUACAAUCGAAAGACCGGUAAGCUCAUAAAGAAGGCCGGAAGUGAAACCGUUAUUCCCGGUCACAAGCGAUCCGAUUCUCACUCCAACAGCUCCAUCGGUUCAAUCUCUAAAGAAGAACAACGAGGCGACAGUGAAAGUGAAGUGGAUAUCACUGAGCUGAAGCCUAUGUUUCCAGAAUUCGAGGAAGAAGAGGAUUUUGGAGGCCUCAACGGCAUGUUCGCCGCGGAAGAAACGUUUGAUCCUUGA